CUGAAGAUGUCGAAGCGCAGCUUCUUCGUUCGCCUGGUGCCGUGCCGCUGCCUGCGGGGCGAGGAGGAGGCGGUGACGUCACUGGACUACUCCCACUGUAGCCUGGAGACGGUGCCCAAGGAGAUCUUUAGCUUUGAGAAGACACUGCAGGAGCUUUUUCUUGAUGCCAACCAGAUUGAAGAGCUGCCUAAACAACUGUUCAACUGCCAGCUGCUCCAGCGACUGAGCAUGCCCGACAACGAUGUUGCAGUAUUGCCGCCUGGUGUCGCCAACCUCAUCAACCUCAGGGAGCUUGACGUCAGUAAAAACAGUAUCCAGGAGUUUCCUGAGAAUAUAAAGAACUGCAAAGUGCUUACUGUCGUGGAGGCCAGCGUCAAUCCCAUCUCAAAACUCCCUGAUGGCUUCACACAGCUAAUGAGUCUAACCCAGCUUUACCUGAACGACGCCUUCCUUGAGUUCCUACCGGCCAGUUUUGGCAGGCUGACUAAGCUGCAGAUUCUGGAGCUGAGAGAGAACCAGUUGAAAAUGUUGCCAAAGAGCGUGCAGAAGCUCAUACAGCUGGAAAGGUUGGACCUGGGCAGUAACGAGUUCACUGAAGUGCCUGAGGUACUGGAGCAGCUGACGGGACUCAAAGAGCUCUGGAUGGACGGAAACCGGCUGACGUUCUUGCCAGGGAUGCUGGGCACGCUUAAGCAGCUGCUCUACCUGGAUGUAUCCAAAAACAACCUGGAGAUGGUGGAUGAGCAGAUCUGUGGCUGCGAAAAUUUGCAAGACCUGCUGCUGUCCAACAAUGCCCUCACACAGUUGCCAGGCUCUAUUGGCUCGCUAAAGAAACUGACGGCUCUGAAGGUGGAUGAGAACCAAUUGAUGGAGCUUCCCGACUCCAUUGGAGGACUGACCUCUCUGGACGAGCUGGACUGCAGCUUCAACGAGAUCGAAGCCUUGCCAUCGUCCAUUGGCCAGUGCGCUGCUAUGCGCACCUUCGCAGCCGAUCACAACUUCCUCAGCCAGCUUCCCCCUGAGAUGGGAAACUGGAAGAACGCCACAGUGCUGUUUCUGCACUCCAACAAGCUGGAGUUGUUACCAGAAGAGAUGGGUGACAUGCACAAGCUGAAGGUCAUCAAUCUGAGCAACAACAAGUUGAAGAACCUCCCCUAUAGUUUCACAAAGCUCAGCCAAAUGACAGCCAUGUGGCUGUCUGAAAAUCAGUCCAAACCCCUGAUCCCGCUACAAAAAGAAGAAGAGCCAGAGACCCAGAAAACCGUACUGACCAACUACAUGUUCCCGCAGCAGACUCGAACAGAGGAGUAUGUUCCUAACUCCGACUCUGAAAGCUUCAAUCCGGCUUUGUGGGAGGAACAACGUAAGCACCGAGCUCAGGUGGCUUUCGAGUGCGACGAGGACAAAGAUGAGAGGGAAACACCCCCGAGGGAGGGCAACCUGAAACGUUAUCCCACGCCGUAUCCCGACGAACUCAAAAACAUGGUAAAGACGGCUCAGUCAGUAGCGCACCGGCUCAAGGAGGAUGAGUCGAGCGACGAUUCGGGUAGAGACCGCAAAACGCCCACGGAGAGGAACCACAUUGGCGUGCAGGAUGUGGGAGUCAAGGUGAUAGAAACCCCCCGCCCUAAUGGCCUGGCGUCAGACUUGGAAGCGAAAGCUUGCAACACCACCUUCACUGUGCCAAACAUCCCAGAAGCAGUAUCAAGGGACAUGGAGACUGAGUCCUUUAGCUCCCAACAGGUCCCACUCAAAUCAUCCGAGAGUUCUACCAUAAAUCACGAAGACACGCUUGAGGACUCAGAGGAGUUGUCUGAUGAAGAGGAGGAGAUGAAGAUUGCGGAGAUGAGGCCGCCUCUCAUUGAGAUUUCCAUCAACCAGCCCAAAGUGGUGACACUGAGUAAGGACAAAAAAGAUGACAGCAAGGAUGCCGACUCAUUGCUGGAUGACACAGUGGCCAACAGCAACCAGAACAACAGCAACUGUUCGUCACCAUCACGAAUGUCAGACUCUGUGUCGCUGACCACUGACAGCAGUCAGGACAAUUCCCUGUGCACCCCCGAGAGGGAGGCCAAGAUGCCCUUUCUGCCCAAGAGCAGGCACGAGGAUGAGAAUAUGAACCCCUCCAAAGAAGUUGCCGGGUUGCUGCACAAUGGCAAUGGCUCUGAAACGUCCCUCCAAGCGCUGUUGAGGACCCAGCAGGGCGCCACUCAGCCUGCAGGUGACUACGACCUUUCCAUGGAAGCCAGACUAGCCUUCAUUGAGAAGGGACUAAACAACAGCUUGGGAGAUGGCUACACCAAGUGGGACCAGAUCAAUAUGAACGUGUCGCGUCCGACGACAGACAACAUGGUGGAGCCUCAGAAUGGUUCAGUUGGCCAGGAAGAAGUGGACGCCAAGAGAGGUUUUGACAACCACCAUUUCCAGAACGGAAACCAGCAGGCAAGUGACGGGUCCUCGGCAGGCGGCGAAAUGUCUCGCAGCUCUGAAGAACUAUCUCCUGAGAGGAGGUGUCACCCCCCUCAGGUGAGCAAGUCUCAAAGCGUCAGCAACAUAGAAGCGGGCAGCAUGAGGUUAUACUCGUUUGAUGGCGACGCUGCGGCAGAGAGCAGGAUGUUGGGUGGUGGGGGCCACGCUCCAGCGUCCACAGCUCAGGGCCAGAGUAUCGUGAGGAGCAAGUCUGCCUCGUUGCUCGACGACCAAAACCUCCAAGUCUGCCCUAGCUCGGACCUGCUGUCUUCCUCCAAACCUCCCACCAGCACCAGCAGGUACCUGGUGCCCUCUAGUGGGGCCACAGGUGCCUCCCCACCUCAGUACAACGUCCAGUACUCAAGCAAAGAUGGCAUGUGGGCCCAGAGGACGCCCAUCCCCCCUGAAAACCAAGGCUACCUCCCCCCUGCCGCCCAUUCGCUCGCCAACACCAACUACUCCAAUCGCAACCAGGCCCCCCCAUACCCACUGCUGCCCCAACAGAGGGGGGGUCCCGUGGGAUCAAAACCACCAGCUGAAAUGUGGGCAAAGGAGAGACUCCACUCUACCAGCAGCCAGUGUAGUGGAGGCACUCUCCAGCGGCAGGGCAGUACCACCUCUGCUACUUCCGCGGGCGAGCCUCGCCGCUUCCAGCUGCCCGAGGGUGACUACAUGACCUAUCGGGACAUUCACACCCUCGCCAGGGGCCCGCUUGCCAUGAGCCAGGCGGCGCAACGGCCCAUCUCGACCCGGACAUACAGUAUUGACAUAGCUGCUCCGGCAAGGCCGGCCUGUGCCCGUCCGCAACCCCACGAGCUCUCGGAGAGGACCAUGUCAGUUAGCGACUUCCAUUAUCCACAAGGUAGCCCCAGCAAGAGGCCCAACAUCAGGGUCAAGUCAGAACAUUCUCUCUUGGACGGGCCCGGGCUGGGGUUGGGGUUGCCGGGAAGGGUACCGGCAGACUGGAGGGACCAGGUGAUGCGGCACAUCGAAGCCAAGAAGAUGGAAAAGAACGCGCUGUCCCGCUCCUUUAAUUCCCAUAAUGCUCCUCUCGGCUGCUCGCCGCACCUCUACUGCUACUACGGCAGCUGUAGGGACGUGUUCAGGCCCUACGCCGCCUUCAGCGAUGAUGUGUUUGGGCCACCGGUCCAGCAGAGCUACACCAUGGACUCCCGCAGAAAAGUGCCUCUGAUGAACGGUCAGGUGGUUUCGUCAGCUCGUCCACACGUGAAUCAAACGUCCAUGGCCCGCCACCCCUCCAGAGAGCAGUUGAUCGAUUACUUGAUCCUCAAAGUCUCCCAGCAGGCUCAGGGGCCCCAGCGCUCGCCACAUGAGAUCCACGUUAAGGUGGAGAAAAAUCCAGAACUUGGUUUCAGUAUAUCGGGAGGAGUGGGAGGUCGUGGGAACCCUUUCCGUCCAGAUGACAAUGGGAUCUUUGUGACAAGGGUCCAGCCUGAGGGUCCGGCAUCCAAAAUUCUUCAGCCCGGUGAUAAAAUUAUCCAAGCUAAUGGCUACAGCUUUGUGAACAUCGACCACGGGUAUGCUGUGUCCCUUUUAAAGACCUUCCCCAGCACUGUGGAUCUGACAAUCGUGAGAGACGUGCAAGCGUAA